GCUGCCAGUAUUCAGCCAUGGCUUGUUGGCUUGAGGAGGCAAUUUCAUCAGGUCCCUGAGCUGAUGUAUGAGGAGAUUGAGACAGGGAAACUUAUCAGGCAGACGCUUGAUGAUCUGGGAAUCACUUACAGGCAAAUAUAUGAUUCUUUUACAGGCAUUGUAGCCAGUAUUGGGCCUAAGUCACCCUCCGUGCUUGUUGCACUGCGGGCGGACAUGGAUGCGCUUCCCAUCAACGAGCAGACUGGGCUUGCAUUCUCGAGCAAAGUGCCGGGCAAAAUGCAUGCUUGCGGGCACGACUCCCAUGUCACCAUGUUGCUCGGCGCAGCCAAGCUCUUGAAGGCCCAUGAGAAAGAUCUUCCUGGCGGAGUGCGCCUCAUUUUCCAGCCAGCCGAAGAGGGGGGCGCCGGUGGUGAUCUGAUGGUGAAAGAAGGUGCUGUGAAGGAUGUGGCAGCCAUCUUUGGUCUGCAUGUGUACCCCUUUCUGCAGUCGGGGGCUUUGGCCUCGCGCGCAGGACCCCUUAUGGGAGCCUGUCAGCAGUUUGAAAUUCGCAUCACCGGCGCCGGCGGCCAUGCAGCCAUGCCCCACUUCACUGUGGACCCAAUUGUAGCAGCUGCCAACACAAUCUCGGCACUGCAGGUACUGGUGUCCAGGGAAACGUCGCCCUUGGGAACGGCGGUUGUGAGCGUUACUAAGAUAGCAGCCGGAGAGGGCGCCUACAAUGUCAUCCCAGACAGCGCCACUUUUGGAGGCACUCUUCGCUCCCUGGCACACGAGCACCUGAUGUACCUGAAGCAGCGCAUGGAGGAGGUGGUGAAAGCACAAGCACAGUCGCACAAGUGCUCUGCGACUGUAGACUGGCUGGAGAAGAAGGAGCCUUACUACCCUCCCACAGUCAACGACAGAGCCAUGUACAAUUUUGCAGUCGACGUUGGAAAAAGGUUGCAGGGGGACUUCUUGGAGGACUUUGAGCCCACACUGGGCGGCGAGGACUUUUCAUUUUACGGGCAUGCGGGUGUUCCGGCGGCCUUCACAUUCCUGGGGAUUCAGAAUGAGACAGCUGGGUCGGUGCAUGGCCUGCAUACCCCGCGGUUCAUGCUGGAUGAGGAGGUCCUGCAGACAGGGGCAGCCUACCUGGCGAGUUUGGCGUCAGAGUAUUUG